AUGAUGUCUGCAAAAGUAAUGAUUGUUAAAGUAAUGAUCAUCAUGUUUGCAAUUUGUGUUUUUGCAAAAUCAGAUGGGAAACCCAUGAAAAGGAAAACUGUGGGUGAAAUAGAGCUUCUGUAUAAGCUGCGUAAACAUCUGCAAAAGUUGGAAAAGCAGGAGUGGCUACGGAAGUUGCUGCAGGAAGUGAUCCUCGGAGAGUCUACAGUUCGUAGGGAUGUUUCCAGGAGGGAGCAAUACCGCAUCCAAGUUACCCGACCGGCGGCCGACUGA